AGAGAGAGAGAGAGAGAGAGGUGGAUUUGGUAGGAAAUGUUUUCAGCAGUUACUAAAAAAGUGACAGAAGUUGCAGUUGACAGCAGCAAAGAGCAGAGCCAUGGAACCACAACAGAUCAGAGACGGAUACUUGGUGAAAAGGGGCACAGUGCUAAACUCCUGGAAGGCGUUGUGGGUGGUGCUGUCAGAAGAUGGGGUGGAAUUCUACAAAAAGAAAACCGACCGUUCUCCGAAAGGAAUGAUCCCACUAAAGGGAGCCACGCUUAUCAGUCCUUGCCAGGAUUUUGGCAAGAGGAUGCUGGUCUUCAAGAUUACCACAGAAAAGAAGCAGGAUCAUUUCUUCCAAGCCUCACAUGUGGAGGAGAGAGAGUGCUGGGUCAAGGACAUCAAGAGAGCCAUUACCUGCCUACAGGGGGGAAGAAAGUUUGCCAGGAAGUCCACAAGACGCUCCAUUCGCCUCCCUGAGAAAAUCAACCUGACAGAACUGUACACACUGAUGAAAGACCAAGACGAUGGAGUAAAAGAGUUAAAACUGGAGCAGGAGAAUCGAGUCUUCAACCACUGCUUCACCGGUGCGACAGUGGUGGAGUGGCUGGUUUCAAAGGAGAAAGCGAGAAACAGGCCUGAGGCCCUCAUGCUAGCGACAGGGCUCCUGAAUGAGGGUUUUCUCCAACCUGCGGGCGACCUGUCAAAAGAGGGAGCAGAGAGUGGAGAGCAAUCAGCCUUCUUAGAUCAGACAAUUGCUCUUUAUUACUUUGCAGACAGCGGGUUCUUCUGCGAAGGCUACUCCAGUGACGAAGAUGUGCUUCUGAAGGAAGAAUUCAGAGGAAACAUCGUAAAACAGGGCUGUUUACUGAAACAGGGACAUAAGAGAAAAAACUGGAAGGUGCGAAAGUUCAUACUGAGAGACGACCCUGCUUAUAUGCAUUAUUAUGAUCCUACAAAGGGUGAUGACCCUCUGGGCUCGAUCCAUCUCCGUGGGUCUGUAGUUACAGCUGUGGAAUAUGUUCCUGAUGCCAAAAAAUAUGACAUUGACGGCGACCUCUUUGAGAUCAUCACCUCAGAUGAGACUCACUACUUCCUCCAAGCUGCUACAGUGGAAGAAAGAAAGGAGUGGAUCCAAGCAAUACAGGCAGUUUCAAAAAGUGGAAAAUAACAGGUGCAGGAGGGAAGCCACAGUUGAACCUAUUGAUUGUAAAAUCCCACAUCUAACAGUGUGUCUGCAACGUAUAACUGAGUUAUUAUCAUAAUGUAGUUCUGUGUCAUUGUAGAGUAAACUGUAAAGAUUCACUAUUCUAUAAACUAUCAAACUAAUGUUAUAAUGUUUUUGUGCAUGCACUAUGUAACAAAUUAAAGAGAAAUAAAGGUUAUAAUGUCUAAAUGUAA